AUGAUAGGAAUAACAUUUUUCACGCUCAAAAGCUGUGACAAUGAAAUUUCUUUACUCUCCUCCGAAUUAUCAUCCUCAAAAUUAGACCACAUUGUUGUAAAUAGAGUUACACCAAUAACAGACUGUGGAACACCCAACGAUAUUCUCCAAAUCACCAGCCUGAAAAUGAUUCCGGAAUCUCCUAUUGUUGGCGAACUAUUAACAUUCGAAGUAACCGGGAAAUUGAGUGAGGAUGUCGAGGAAGGUGUUGUCAAAGUAAAUGUGUCACGUGACGCAGCAAAGCUGUAUGAAGGGGAACUGGAUUUGUGUGAAGAGUUUUUAGACUUGCGUUGUCCAUUGGUCAAAGGCCCUAUCGAGAUUAAACAUAGUAUAGUGGGACAAUAUUCAGUAAACGCUCGUCUCUUUACGGACGAUAGUCGUCCAAUUGCAUGUUUUAAUAUCGAGACAGUUAUUCGUGAAAAACCAAGAAGAAAUUCUAAACUUUUUCUUAUGAAGAAUUGA